CACCAUCAAUCAAAGAAAAGGAAAAUUCUAAAACCCCAAAAUCUACUCCUCUCGUUUUCAGUCUCACUUGCUCCCUGUUAAACCCAUUCGCCGCUUCUUAUCCCACACGCAUUCUCUCUCAAUCAACCACCACCACCUCUGUCGGUGGUGCCUGCAUUCCCUAUCUAACCCUACCUUUCCCUAACCUUCCGUCCCGAUAAUGGCGGCCAACGCUGCUUCCUCCGACCUCUCUGACGGUCCUGUCCUUAAUGUUAUCAACAAACGCCUCCGUGCCCUCCGCAAAAAAUUAAACCGAAUAACGCAAAUGGAAGACUCCCUUUCCCAAGGGAAAACGCUCAACAAGGAACAAGAAGACGUCCUCCGGACGAAGCCCCAAGUCACCUCUCUUGUCGAUGAACUCGAGAAGCUUCGUCUUCCUUUGGCAUCCGCUGUCUCUGAGGAACUCGCCCUUCAUGACAACAACCAAAACUCAUCAUCGCCUCCCGUUAGCCAGAACGACGCCGAAAUCAACCAACCUCAACCAGUAGAUAACGACGCCGUUUUGUUUGAUCUGCUCAACUUGCUGUAUUUCGGGUCUUUGUUUGACGUGAAGUCGCAGAGUGAUUUCACCGCCACUGUGUUGACAAGAACGCACGAGAGAGGAUGUUGUUUGACGUACGAUUACGUGACUGAUGACGCUACUGAUCUGCUUGGGGAGAGGGAUUUAGAUAUGAUUUCGAUGCUCAGUGGAUUGUUGGUUUCGCGACCAAUUGACUCGAGUCUGUCUCAUAAGAACGCGUUGCAGCGCUGUAUUGAGCACGCCAGGCUCUGGGUUGCAAACGCUGACCAGCCUAUUGAGCCCAAUGCUAAUGUCACUUAUGCAGGAUUGAGGAAGAGGCUGAACAAGAUUAUGGGUUCAGAUUAUUUUACGACCACGCCAGAGAUGAAAGCCCCUGUAGAAAUGGCUGCGGCAGCAAAUUAUGGUUCUUUUCAGGUACCAAUACAUGCUUCUGUUGUUCCAGUUUCGGUGCCAGUCCUGGUGGAAGGUUCAGCUGUACAGUAUCAGGAGAAGGAUGAAGACCCCCUGAAUUGUCAAGAACAUGAAACUGGGGAUAAUCAAUUUAGUCCUCCAGAGGAACUUCAAAAGGAUGAGUUGGAGAUAGGUGCAGAAGGUGUCUCAGUCCAAGAAGAACAAAUCAAAGAGGAGGCAGAGUUGGAGCAAAAUCUUGGAGAUGGAGGGCCUAAGGAGCAACAACAGUAUGUUCCCCGAAGACCCUAUCAGAAUCAAAGAGGUGGUCGUCGUGGUGGUGGGCGAAGGGGCUAUUUAAAUGGUCGUGGCAGUCGUGGCAGCGGCAGGGGAGGUGGAGGCUACCAGAAUGGCCGCAACCAAUAUUAUGAUCAGUCUGGUAAUUAUUAUCCAAGAAACUACUAUAACAAUAGGGGAAGGGGAGGCCGGGGUGGUGGGCCUCCAUACAAUAACCAUGGUGCGACGAUUCAAGGUGGUUAUGCAACAGCUGAUGUUGGUGUGAAAUCAUGAUAUCAUACCUGAUUAGGUUGUCCAAAGGGUGUCUGAUAACUAGCUUAUGUGUUGGGUGGUGAAAAUGUUCUUUCCUUUAUGAGACUUGCAUGAAACUCGAAACAUGGUUUUAAUGUGGGUUGAUGUCUCGUUAAAAGCACCAUCCAGGAUACCCCUUUCCGUUUUUGUAGUUGAGUUAUUGAGGAUAUUUAUCAAUUGGAAAACCAUUUAAGAGUUGGAUA